AUGUAUUGGAGAGUAAAAGGAGCCGACGGAGACAUCGGUUACUGUAACAAAGAAAGGACAUGUUGGAAAACGAAAAGUCAGCUUCUGGAAGACAAGGGGAUUCAGGUUGUAAACAUUUCCAGCAGCACCUUGAGCAUAAAACGCACCUUGCCACAGAAAACAACAGGUCACACUGUGACCAUUACAUGUGAAGUACACACAACUGACAACAAAAUCCAUAUAUCUGAAGUCAAGAUCGAGAGUAAGUAAGACUAUACACAGAAUUUUUAAUAAUAAUGAUGAUGAUAAUGAUAAUGAUAAUGAUGAUUUGAUAAUGAUAAUGAUAAUAAUAAUAAUAAGAAGAAGAUGAACAAUAACAAUAAUGAUUGGUAAAAUGGUGUCACAGGAUUGCCAUCGAGGUAAAGGGAACUUAAGCUUGGCUUGCAUGGGUAGAUGUUAAGAAGGCCUAUGACUAUCCGUUGAUCACAAGUGGCUAAACGAGAUUAUGGAAUUACACCGGUUCCCCAGCUGGCUCUGUAGGGCGAUCCGGAACCUCUGUGAAACUGUAAUACCAGAAUCGCAGUUCCUACAAUGCAGGGGAAUGAGAUUUCCUCGACCAUCAGAUUCAGUGAGCGUCUGCCCGAGGGAAAGGCACUUUGCCCGCGUCUCGUCACUUUAUGUCUAAAACCCGGUUACCUGGAAACUAAAUGUUACCUAGGGGUAUAGGCUUUCUAAGCUUAUAAGGACUAAGGUGACCCACUUGCUGUAUAUAGACGCCUUAAAGUGUGCGCUUCAUCUGAGAGCAAGCUAAGCAGGGUACAACGAUCAACCAGUGCCAGUAUGUAGGAUAGGUUAAUACUGAUCUCCAUCUCCAAAAUGACGUUGAAACAUUAUGAUUCACACAAAAGUAAUUCUCUACAAUGGGAGGAACCGCAUUGACUACCAAUAUUGAUUAGGGUUAAGCCCUGAGAAUAGUAUCUUAUUUUUGUUCAAAAAGAAAGAAUUUAUAUUAUAAUGAUACUUUUUGCGGCUUAGUUCAUUCCUUUUCUUCGUGCUGUAUACUGUUCAUAUGUAUUACAUGUAUUGUUCAUCGAAGUCAUUCAUUGAACAUUUGGCUAUAGCUAUAGUCCAGGUAUUUUUCGUUUUGUUAGCUAGUUUUUUCCCUUUAGAGAAAGGUGUACUUUUUACCCGGUUAAGUUGUAUCGAAAUUACAGAUUUUCAACACACAAGUUAUAUACUUUUCAAAAGGCUCAACCUCGGGUUGAAGAUAUUCUUUUUAAAACCUCGAUUCUUAUAAAAUAUGCAGUGGUUCUUUUGUAUAAAGAAAAAACCCUGAUUAAAGAAACUUUACAUGUAAAUAAAAUCUGAUAUUUCGUUACAAAUAUAUUCCAAAACGAGAGCAAUCAAAUGCACCCUCCGCUGGUCACAAGUCUGAAAUGCACUCUUCAUUCUGUCCUAUAAAGAGAAGUAACAUACUGAAUCUAAUAUGAUUGUUAAUUUUAGGCCGACAAGCAAUUUCGUCUCCUAAGGUAAGUAGUUCUAAUUUUUUUUUUCUCUAAAUCUUUAAUUUUCAUACUGAUGCCGACUCAACAAAAUUUUAAUAUGCAUUUUACAAAAAAGUGUCAAGCCAUUUAAUCCACAUGUGUUGGCUUUCAAUGAGAGCUUCGGAAGUAUUGGUACCUUCCCUAUAUGCAAAUUAAUCUAGCGAAAGGUAGGAUAUAAUUACAGGCUUUACUUCUUAACUUUGAAACAAAGAGAAUUCAAACCUUAGAAAAUGCAUUCAGUAGUCAGGACACCAUUCCAAAACUUCAUUCCAAAAAUCAGCCAAAUCGAUGAGGUACCCGGUGUCAGGCCAAAGUUCUAAUUUUACAGAAAAUCACUCUUAACACUUAGAUCUACCGUUCCGUAUAGGUUACUGAAUUAGUUUAAGCCUUUAAGCGUAAACAAAGUUUUUUCCCAAGCAGGGACGUCCAAAUCCAUGGAAGUUUAAGACGUAGAUUUUUUUUCCUUAUAGAAACCUUUGGCGCAACUUUCAGGGACCUUGUCGGAGGCUCGCAACUUCUCUGCAGAUACAUGUAAGAUUUGAGCAUUAAAAUACCUGACAACUGUUAUUAACAGCUAACCGUUUAAAGGAGCUACGUCGCGAGGAUAUAUUGCUGUAAAGUUCAGUACGUUUACCUAUACACAAAAUGCUCCUUUAGAGUUAUGAAUUUCAUCAGGGAGCACUAAUUAUGAUCGUUUUAGGGUGAUUUUUGCAUAAUAGCAUUAAAACGUUAUUUCAAGUUUCAAGCCAUGUUUAUACGCUUGUCAUCCAUAAAAAAAAAACAAAAAACAAAAAACAAAAAAAAACAAAAACAAAAAAAAAAAAAACCGAAAGGACAGACGAUAGGACACAGUUCCAAUGCGUAAAUAUAGUCUUAAAAGACAAAUCUGGACCAUUAGUACUUAUGGAAUUCAAUUGAUGCGAAACCUGAUCGUUUCAGAUGUUCAACUGAGAGAUGGGAAAUAGCACAACUAAGCCCCUUUAACAGCGUCACCCAACGACGGGGUCCUCCUAAAUGCAUUGAAAACACUUUUUCGCUUAUCCAGUGUACUUUCAAAUCUCUAGAAAUGCAUUCUAAGCGGCGCUAUAAAAGUUGUAUCUGUUCGGUCGUCCUAGGGCAAAUUGAAUCUUUUCGAAAUUACUUAGGGCCUCAGUAUUAUUUUCCCGAAAAUUUUAGAUGCAAUUUUAGGUUUUACGAAAGUGUGUAUUUUUCUAAUUCCUGUCUCCAUCGCAUUUUCGAAUCCGAAAAUUUUAGAUUUCCUUUUUCUACGAAAAAUAGGCUAACUUAGGGACUGAAAUGCGAAAAACUUAACUUUACAAAAUCGUAGGGAAUUUAUUAGAUAAGCGACGAAAACUGUACAUGAAUGGAACGGCCAUCUAGACAUUUUUAGCCUUCCUCAAGUAAUAGAAAAUUGUAGGCAAUUUUUGCUUCUCCGAACAGAUAUUUUACAGAAAACAGUCGUUGGGUGCCCCUGCUUUAAGCCCUGGUUAACAUGCAGUUUGGACAUGUUUUAAUCUUUUAGUUAUCUUUUUUUCCUAGGGCUGUCUGACCUUGAGAAAGAUGAAGCAUUCAAAGGUUUCAAGUCUGAACAGGGGCUAUUGGAAAUAAAGCAACGUGGUGCCUAUUACAUCUAUGCCCAAGUGUUUUUUGAAAUCUACCAAGACGGCCCUGAGGAUCACAACCGUGUGGCAAUAACUGUAGAUGGAGACCCAUUUGCCUUCAUGCAAACAGGGCUCGGAAACAAAGCUGACUAUGGCAGCGUUUACACAGGCGGAGUUAUCCGGCUGAAAAAGGGCGCUAAGAUCGGCUUGAAAACCGUUUACGAAAGCAGGCUGUGGCUGUCAGCUAAACGUACCUUCCUCGGCGCAUAUAAAAUUGGAAGGUAUUGA